GCAGGUAUAAGAGGACAGCCUGGUACCCUGGGAGCAGCCUCUCCCCAGGAGACCAUGCGGCUGCUCCUUGGGCUCUUGCUGGCCGCUGCCUUGAGCCUGGAGCUGGCCCGAGCCUUGAAUUGUCACCAGUGCAAGGGCUUCGGAGGGUGCCUCCAUGCAUCCAGAUGCCCCCGGGGCUCCAACUACUGUGUCAGCAUUGCCACCCCGGGCACAGGCAGCGCAGAGCCUCGGGGAGCUUGCCCGGUUUAUCUUCUGUCCACCCCAGGAGUCCCCUUCAGCGUCAUUGACCUGCCUCUGGUGACCAAGUCGUGCUACAGUGGCUGCCCGGACGUCCCCACCCUGGGCCUUGGCCCUCACGUGUCCAUCGUCUGCUGCCAGUUUAGCCUCUGCAACACCGACUGACUGCCCCUCCCCCGCAGCUGUCCCC